AUGUCGAUAGACGCCGCAGCAGUACUACAAACGGUCUCCAUAAUACGCAAGCAACUAACUCGUGGGAUAACAAUCACAAUAGAAAACUAUCAUGAUGGGUAUAGUCUACGAAAUAUGGAAUAUUAUUGUGAGACUGACUGUUUUAACGCGCCAACUAUAAGUAUUGGACCGGGGAAAUGGGGAGUUGGAGCAUUUAGAAGCACAUUAACGUCCGGUACGAGAGGCCUGUUAUGUUACGAAUUAUUCGGAAAAGAUUGGAAUUUUGAAGAACGAUUGUUUUUACUUAUCGGAUGGCACAUUGAAUCAACUCGUCUUUCACCAAAAAUUUUAACCUUAAAACAGGUCCCGGUGCUAGGCGACAAUACUUACUUCCUUCAAGUAGCACAGGUAGACUCGCCCACCUUUCCAUCCAAAAGAUCAGAACGGCGUCGUGUCUUUGAAAUGCUCUUCGAGAACAGGACUAAGGCCCGCAGCAGCACAAUAGCACUACACGUUAAUCCAACCCGGGUCCUAGACUACGCACCAAGAUCUGCUGAUGAAGAAAUACCUGAAUACUAUUUAUCAAUUUGUGCAUCAAUGGCUACCACAUCGAUCGCGAACCUCAAAGUGGAACUGUACCCGUAUCAUCGACCAUUGAAUUAUACUGCCGAAGGUCCAAUACAAAUUUCUGUACCGGAACAAGUUUCGUUAGUGAAGUUGGUGGAGAAGAGUUUCGUUACCGCGGAGAAUAUUGUUAAUGAUGCUCUGGAAAAGUUGGGUAUUGAUAGUGGUAAGAAUGAGGAUGUCAAGUUGGAUGAUGGUGGCGGCGAGAACGAUCAACAAGGUAAAUGUAGUAAGGAUGGAAGGGAGUAG